AUGCGAUUCAAGCAUUGGAAAACUGCCUCAUUUUUUGCCAUAUCGAUCGCCUCUCAGAUUGACGCUAGAUUUGAUCGGCUGGCCGACAGGAGUAAUGAUAGAACCAUCAACAGUGCUCCCAAUAAAGACCAAUUUAUUGACUCUUUGAUCUCAAAGAUGUCUGUGAGCGACUUGGACCAAACAAUGCACCUCAGCCCGAAAUCUCCCAUUGGUGUAAUGCAUGAUUGGUAUCCUAUGAACAAAUCCUAUUUCAACGCGGUGCAAAAGCUUCAAUUGGAAAAGUCCCAUGUUCAAAUUCCUUUAAUGCUCGUUGAAGAGUGCCUCCACGGUGUUGGAUCGUUUAAGCAAUCUUUAUUUCCUCAGAAUAUUGCAAUGGCUGCUUCGUUCGAUACGGAUAUUGUAUAUCGCGUUGGUCGGGCCAUAGGGACAGAAGCGCGGUCUAUCGGAAUACAUGGCUGCUUUUCGCCAGUUCUUGAUCUUGCCCAAGAGCCUCGAUGGGGAAGGGUUCAAGAAACUUUUGGCGAAGAUAAAGUUCUCACAUCGCAUAUUGGGGUUGCCUACUCUUCUGGUCUGUCCAAGAAUAAAACGUGGUCAGAAGACGCGGUUUUUCCUAUUAUGAAGCACUUUGCCGCCCACGGUGCUGCCCAAGCGGGCCACAACACUGCUCCAUUCACGGGGCUUGGAACUCGACAGAUUAUGCAAGAUCUUUUUAUCCCGUUUAAAGCAAAUUUCGACAAAGGGGGGGCGAGAGGAGUAAUGAUGGCAUAUCAUGAAAUUGAUGGAAUACCCGCUGCUGUUUCCCCUAUGCUGUACCAGGCUCUAGAAGAUUGGGGUUUUGAUGGAUUUACUCUAGCAGAUGAUACUUGCAUGAGAAACCUUCUCACAGAACACAAAGUGGCAAGCUCUCAAGCAGACGCCAUGCAACAAUGGUUUAAUGCUGGUGGUAUGAUUGACUUUUAUGACUGGGAUCUCGAUUCCUAUUUAACUACCACGAAAGACCUUGUUGCCAAUGGAUCUGUGCCACUCAAGACUCUUCAAUCGCAUGUUCGACAGAUUUUGGGCGUCAAGUGGGAUCUCGGCCUAUUUAACAAUCCUUACAUUCCCGAUAAUAUUGAUCCGCUUGCUAUUGUUGCCAGUCACCAAGACGUUGCGUUGGAAGCUGCACAUAAGAGCAUAAUACUGCUUAAGAAUGACAAUAGUACACUUCCGUUGGAUCCAUCAAAAUCCAAGGUUGCACUGAUCGGGCCUUUUGCCGAUACAAUUAAUUUGGGAGAUUACUCUGGCGCUCUUGGACAGUACCCUGCUAAGUAUGCACACACUCUUCGCCAGGGCAUGCUAAGCCAUUUGAAGAACAGUAGCUCAGGUGGACAGCUUAAAUCUAGCUGGGGUACCAAUAGCUGGGAAUACAAUAACCAAUAUGUGGUCCCAGGGUAUCUCCUUUCUGCCCCUGACGGCACGGCUGGAGGUUUGAAGGCAACGUACUACGCCGAGACCAACUUUACAUCCCCCAAGGCAUCAAGAUUAGAGGUUCCCGCCCAGGAUUGGGGAUUAUAUCCCCCGCAAGGCCUUUCUUCAAAUAACUUUAGCGCCAUCUGGGAAGGCCAAUUUGAAUCCCCGACGGAUUUAGACGUCAAUGGAUGGAUUGGCGUUGCGAUUGGGCCGAACAGUACAUCAAAGCUCUAUGUUGAUGGCAAGUUUAUUGCGUCCAAGGGCUACGGCCCCGACGGCAAUGUCUUGGGAAAUAUCGAAGGCUAUGGGUGGAUACAGCAAAAUAAUUCUAUACCACCCCAGGAUGGCGUAGAGUUUACAUUUAAAAAAGGCGCCAAACACAACGUGAAAAUUGAACUGCAAUCGUGGAAUAACUUCAAAAAAACAGCCAAUGUCAAUUCUGUUAACUCACAGCUCAUUUUCUGGUGGAAUCUGGUGUCGCCAAACGGCGAUGCGCUCGACCAAGCUGUGGCAAUUGCACAAGAUAGCGAUGUUAUUGUCCUCGCCGUGGGAGCUGCUUGGAAUAGUGAUGGCGAAGGCGGCGAUCGUGGAACUUUGGAUCUCGCACCAAGCCAGGAGGCCUUGGCCAGGAAGAUUUAUGCCCUUGGUAAGCCAGUAGUGCUUGUCCUUGAAGGUGGAAGGCCAUUUGCCAUACCAGAUCAUUAUCAACAAUCUGCCGCAGUGCUGGAUACUCAUUUCGGAGGGCAAGCUGGGGGGCAAGCAAUUGCAGAUGUAAUCUUUGGUGCGUUUAAUCCAGGCGGACGCGUGCCAAUCACGAUACCUUACUCGGUGGGCCAGCUUCCAGCAUACUACAAUUACAAGCCUUCAGCUCGGGCAGCGCAGUAUUUGGACAUUCCGUCUGAUCCGGUGUAUCCAUUUGGACACGGCUUGUCGUAUACUACCUUUUCAACUUCUUCUCCGACUGCAUCAAUAAGAAGCACCAACUCAAAAAGAUCCAGUGUUGAUACACGAACUAAUAGCCAGACGUUUGGUGGCGGUGAUUGGAUCGACUUCUCCGUGACUGUCCAGAAUACUGGCACCGUUUCUGGCAGCUACGUCGUCCAGAUCUAUUUAUUGGGCCGUGUAUCCAUCAUUACACAGCCUGUAAAACAACUCGUCGCUUUCCAACGAGUGUAUUUGGAUGCCGGGGAGAAAAAGACUAUUUCGCUGGAAUUGGAAGUGGAUCGAUAUUUGAUGAUUCUCGAUCGGACAAACAAAUGGGAAUUAGAGAAGGGUUCUUACACUUUUUCCCUCUUGGAGAAUGGAGGCAGCAAUGCCGACACUAGUAAGAGCGUCUCGCUGCAAUGCGUUGGCUGA